UAGCCUGGAGUGUAGAGAUAUCACUGUUCACGGUAGAAAAUGUAAUAUUAUUUAUUUGUCUCCUCUCGUUUGGAGAACGGAUCCAAAGCAAUCUUCCAUGAGCUUCGUGGAGGAUGGAGAAAAAUUCAUCUGUGAAGAACCCUAUUCCCAGGCCGGAUUCACCUUCACGCCAGAGAGGUUCUCACCGAGAGGUAAUAAACCAACUGCUGCCCACACCGCUUGGCGCGGAGGCGGAUAGGGAAACGCGCCCAGCGUGCGUUCCAAUAAUCCCGGGGCCACAUUCGGUGCAGGCGCAGCUACCAUCACCAAAGUCCAACUUUUAUGUGGGAUGCGAGGACACCUACUAGGGUCGCUAUCUGGACAGAUUCGCACUGGCCUUCCCUCUCCACGCAGGUGAAGGUCGUGGGGAACCCGGACGGCCGAGGUGGGAGUUAGUGGCAGUCCACGGGGCGAGGGGAUGUGUCCCGAAGCUGCUGCACCUCUGGGGGCUGAGGCUUCGGAGUGGUCAGGGAGACGCAGAUCCGCCGUAGUCCCUCGCAGGUGCGCGCAGCGUGGACACUCUAAGUGCGACUGCCGCAGGUGCUAGGGUGCGCUUGCAGAGCGCGAUGUGAUCGAGUGUGGGAGUGGAGAGUUUAGCAGUUGUUCUGGGAGCAGGGGCCUGGGUGGCUUCAGCACUGCCCCUUGCCCUCCCCCCAGGGUCCGCCCCGCCGCUUUGAUGGAGGUGCAAACAUUUGGGGGAGGGCGGGGGUGUCGGGACUGAGCCCGACGCUUUUCUUACAGGAAGCGCGCGCGGAACCCAUUGUUGGCCCCCGGCCUCCGGGCCCGCCCGGCCGGUCUGAUAUGGCCGCACACCGCCAAUGGGCAGUGGCUCAGUACUUCAAAGGGUGUCCCGCCCAAUCCGCCGCGCCCCCUGCGAGGCCACUUGGGCUGUAUUUAUGGGGAGGGGACCCAUUUUCUCUUCCCCAGAGACUUACUCUUGUCGCGCCUUGCGGGAGUUCAAGUGGAACCACGGCUCCCCAGCCCCUCUCCCCUCUCCCCGCCCCCUUCCCCCCACAUCCCGGUCCUGGGCCUCCUUUGGCGAAUGUGCUGGGACCCAGGUGUGGUCUUUGGGUUCCGCGAGUGACCCUUUUUCUUGGAAAAGGGGAGUGAGAGAAGUGAAGGUGGCUCUUGGGUAGGCAGUCGAGACUCGGAGCGGUGGAGAGGGCGGCAGGAGGAUGAGCUCCCCAGGCACAGAGAGCGCAGGGAAAAGCCUGCAGUACCGAGUGGAUCACCUGCUCAGCGCCGUGGAGAGCGAGCUGCAGGCGGGCAGCGAGAAGGGCGACCCCACGGAGCGCGAGCUGCGAGUGGGCUUGGAGGAGAGCGAACUGUGGCUGCGCUUCAAGGAGCUAACUAACGAGAUGAUUGUGACCAAGAACGGCAGGUAGGUGCGUGCUGCAAGACUGCGGUCUGGGGCCUGGAGAAUGCCUUUCGGGUAUAGAGGUGUAGAACACCGUUUUCUGCUUAAGGCCGACUUUCUGUUUCUUCCCGCUGCGUUAACUGCCCCGAGGGGGUUUCCUAACACAAUUUUCUCCGGAACUUUCACUGACGAAACUCUAGGAUUCCCCCAGGUCUACACUGGUGUGGCCAGGCUUGCCUGCGUCCUCUAAAGCCUUGAUCAGUUUGUCCCUCUUCUGUCUCUAGAGACUGUGGGCUUUGUGGGGAGAUGGAUUUAGUCCCAGGGCUGACUAAGCUCAGGCAAAGAAUCUUGUGAGACCGGCCGCAGGGGUGCUUCUUUGACCAUAAUAAACACUUGGUGCCAGGCUUCCUCACUCCAGCCGGAUGGGGUCCUCCUGCUGUGCCCUGUCUUUUCCAGGAGGAUGUUCCCGGUGCUGAAGGUGAACGUUUCGGGUUUGGACCCCAAUGCCAUGUAUUCCUUCUUGCUGGACUUCGUCGCGGCUGACAAUCACCGCUGGAAGUAUGUGAAUGGGGAGUGGGUACCUGGGGGCAAGCCGGAGCCUCAGGCGCCCAGCUGCGUCUACAUCCACCCAGAUUCGCCCAACUUCGGGGCCCACUGGAUGAAGGCUCCGGUGUCUUUCAGCAAAGUCAAACUCACCAACAAACUCAACGGAGGAGGCCAGAUCAUGUUGAAUUCCUUACACAAGUAUGAGCCUCGCAUUCACAUUGUGAGAGUGGGGGGCCCACAACGCAUGAUCACCAGCCACUGCUUUCCCGAGACCCAGUUCAUAGCUGUGACGGCCUAUCAGAACGAGGAGAUCACAGCCCUGAAAAUUAAAUACAAUCCGUUUGCAAAGGCCUUCCUUGAUGCCAAAGAAAGAAAUGAUCACAAAGAUGUGCUGGAGGAGCCCGGGGAUGGCCAGCAGCCGGGGUAUCCCCAAUCAGGGGGUUGGCUUGUUCCUGGCACCAGCACCCUCUGUCCACCUGCCAGCUCCCACCCUCAGUUUGGAGGCUCGCUCCCUCUCCCCUCCACACAUGGCUGCGAGAGGUACCCGGCUCUGAGGAACCACCGCUCAUCCCCUUACCCCAGCCCGUACGCUCAUCGGAACAACUCUCCCACCUAUGCCGACAAUUCGUCUGCCUGUUUGUCCAUGCUGCAAUCCCACGACAACUGGUCUAGCCUAGGAGUGCCUGGCCACACCAGCAUGCUACCCAUGAGUCACAGCACCAGCCCGCCUACCGGCUCUAGCCAAUACCCCAGCCUAUGGUCUGUGAGCAAUGGCACCAUCACCCCAGGCUCCCAGACAGCUGGGGUGUCCAACGGGCUAGGAGCCCAGCUCUUUCGGGGCUCCCCUGCACAUUACGCACCUCUGACGCACACGGUCUCGGCGGCCACGUCCUCUGGCUCCCCUAUGUAUGAAGGGGCGGCUACCGUCACGGACAUUUCUGACAGCCAAUACGACACAGCUCAGAGCCUCCUCAUAGCCUCGUGGACUCCCGUGUCACCUCCAUCCAUGUGACCUGAACUCUUCCCCGAUGUGCGCUAAGACUUGUAACAGCCAGUGUCGACUGGAUCCUCUCCUAGGCACCACAAGGCAGGCUCUUGGGACAAGGGAAAGACAUAAAAGCUUGCUACAAACUCCAUUGUCAAGUAAGAGGAUGUUUAUCAUCUUCCACGACCCUCUUGCUUGACGCCCGCGGUAGUGAUGUGUGCCCUACAUGUGAAGCCAGGUACAGAGGCGAGGCUGGGGUCCUGUGAAAUCCUUUGUCUCUACUACAACGUGUAGGUGACUUUGAAAGGCUGGGCUUUGCCCACCCUGUCCUGCUUUAGGGAGACACAAGGCACACUUCUAAUGCCCGUCCUCACUGCUUUAGAGUAGUUAGCUUUGAGGACAGAGAAAUCAUAGCCAGCAGACUGUAGCUAAAAUGGAAACUCCUCCGCCCUCUAGAAGAUUCUACCUUAAGCACAUGUAGCUUCUUGUGUUGUGAAGUCAACUGCGCGAUACUUUUCUGUGA